ACGCUCAGAAGCGCUAUAAGCGCUCCGGAGUGUAGAUCGGAAAAGGGGAAGGGAGUAGUUCAGGUUCAGCUCAAGUGGGACCAAAGUGUAAAAAAUCCCGCAUUUUAAGUAUCCGACAGCAGGGGUCCCGGAACAUCGCCUUCGGAUACUUUGCGGUCGCCGUUGGCGCCCAGAGCGGAGUCGUGGUGGCAUUUUUUAAGGCUGUUCCUGUUCUCAAAGCAGCGUGCCGAGGAAGGACGCGUCUCUUUGAAUAGACAGGAUGCACGGACCGCCCUCCGGCGACAGCGCAUGCCCACUGCGCACGAUCAAGAGAGUACAAUUCGGCAUCAUCAGUCCCGAUGAGCUUAAACGGAUGUCAGUCACCACUGAGGGGAUCAAAUACCCCGAGACAACAGAAGGAGGACGUCCUAAACUCUGUGGCCUUAUGGACCCAAGACAAGGGGUGAUCGAGCGCUCCGGGAGAUGUCAGACAUGUGCAGGGAACAUGACAGAAUGUCCUGGCCAUUUUGGGCACAUAGAAUUGGCAAAGCCCGUUUUCCACGUCGGGUUCAUAUCAAAGAUCAUGAAGGUUCUCCGGUGUGUCUGCUUCUUCUGCUCCAAGCUGUUGGUGGACUCGAAUAAUCCCAAGAUCAAAGACAUUUUGACAAAAUCCAAAGGCCAGCCGAGGAAGCGAUUAACCCAUGUUUAUGAGCUGUGCAAAGGCAAAAACAUCUGUGAAGGAGGGGAGGAAAUGGACAACAAGUUUGGGGUGGAGCAGCAGGACACCGAGGAGGACAUUACCAAGGAGAAGGGUCACGGUGGCUGUGGACGCUACCAGCCUCGCAUUCGCCGCUCCGGCUUGGAGCUCUUUGCCGAGUGGAAACACGUCAACGAGGAUUCGCAGGAAAAGAAAAUCCUGCUGAGUCCAGAGCGCGUCCACGAGAUCUUUAAACGCAUCUCGGAUGAAGAAGACCUCAUCUUGGGCAUGGAUCCCAAGUUCGCUCGGCCAGAGUGGAUGAUUGUGACCGUGCUGCCUGUGCCGCCACUGGCUGUGAGGCCUGCCGUGGUCAUGCAGGGGUCUGCUCGCAACCAGGACGACUUGACCCACAAACUGGCUGACAUCGUCAAGAUCAACAACCAGCUGAGACGAAACGAACAGAGCGGCGCUGCUGCGCACGUCAUUGCUGAAGACGUGAAGCUGCUUCAGUUCCACGUCGCCACCAUGGUUGACAACGAGUUGCCAGGCUUACCAAGGGCGAUGCAAAAGUCUGGCCGGCCUCUGAAAUCUAUAAAGCAGCGCCUAAAGGGAAAGGAAGGCCGCGUGAGAGGAAACCUGAUGGGCAAACGUGUGGACUUCUCAGCUCGAACUGUCAUCACCCCAGACCCUAACCUGCAAAUCGACCAAGUGGGCGUGCCGCGAUCCAUCGCAGCCAACAUGACCUUCCCCGAAAUAGUCACGCCCUUUAAUAUUGACAGAUUGCAAGAACUGGUACGGAGAGGCAACAGUCAGUAUCCGGGCGCCAAAUACAUCAUUCGGGACAACGGAGACAGAAUCGACCUGCGAUUCCAUCCCAAACCAAGUGACCUUCAUUUGCAAAUUGGCUACAAGGUGGAAAGGCACAUGUGUGACGGAGACAUCGUUAUUUUCAACCGACAACCUACACUACAUAAAAUGUCCAUGAUGGGGCACAGAGUGCGGAUUCUGCCCUGGUCCACAUUUCGACUCAACCUCAGUGUCACCACCCCGUACAACGCCGACUUUGACGGCGAUGAGAUGAACCUCCACCUGCCUCAGUCGUUGGAGACCAGAGCAGAGAUCCAGGAGCUCGCCAUGGUGCCUCGCAUGAUCGUCACUCCGCAGUCAAACAGGCCGGUCAUGGGUAUCGUGCAGGACACGCUCACAGCCGUGCGCAAAUUCACAAAGAGGGACGUCUUCUUGGAGAGGGGGGAAGUGAUGAACCUCCUCAUGUUCCUCUCCACUUGGGACGGGAAGAUGCCCCAGCCCGCCAUCCUCAAGCCGCGGCCUCUGUGGACGGGGAAGCAGAUCUUCAGCCUCAUCAUUCCAGGACACAUCAACGUGAUCCGCACGCACAGCACCCACCCCGACGACGAGGACAGCGGGCCUUACAAACACAUUUCACCCGGAGACACCAAGGUUAUCGUGGAGAACGGGGAGCUGAUCAUGGGGAUCCUCUGUAAGAAGUCUUUAGGAACUUCAGCCGGCUCCCUGGUCCACAUUUCCUACCUGGAGAUGGGCCACGACAUCACCAGACUCUUCUACUCCAACAUCCAGACUGUGGUCAACAACUGGCUGCUCAUUGAGGGCCACUCUAUCGGUAUUGGAGACUCCAUCGCUGAUGCAAAGACGUACCUGGACAUCCAGAACACAAUCAAGAAAGCCAAGCAGGAUGUGAUAGAAGUCAUUGAGAAGGCGCACAACAACGAGCUGGAGCCAACCCCUGGAAACACUCUGAGGCAGACCUUUGAGAACCAGGUGAACCGCAUCCUCAACGACGCCCGUGACAAAACCGGGUCCUCGGCCCAGAAGUCGCUGUCUGAAUACAACAACUUCAAGUCCAUGGUGGUAGCCGGCUCCAAAGGAUCAAAGAUCAACAUCUCGCAGGUCAUCGCCGUGGUGGGGCAGCAGAACGUGGAGGGUAAGCGGAUCCCCUUCGGCUUCAAGCACCGCACGCUGCCUCACUUCAUCAAGGACGACUACGGUCCCGAGAGCAGAGGCUUUGUGGAGAACUCCUACCUGGCAGGACUCACGCCCACAGAGUUCUUCUUCCACGCCAUGGGAGGCAGAGAGGGUCUGAUCGACACAGCUGUCAAGACGGCUGAGACCGGUUAUAUCCAGCGCCGUCUGAUCAAAUCCAUGGAGUCUGUCAUGGUGAAAUAUGAUGCCACCGUGCGGAACUCCAUCAACCAGGUGGUGCAGCUGCGUUACGGCGAGGACGGCCUGGCAGGAGAGAACGUGGAGUUCCAAAACCUGGCGUCUCUGAAACCCUCCAACAAGGCUUUCGAAAAGAAGUUCAAGUUUGAUUGCACCAAUGACCGCGCGCUGAGGAGGGUCCUGCAGGAGGACGUGGUCAAAGACGUGAUGACAAACGCUCACGUUCAAAGCGUGCUGGAGAAGGAGUUUGACAAGAUGAAGGAGGACAGAGAGAUCCUCAGAGCCAUCUUUCCCACCGGAGACAGCAAGGUGGUGCUGCCGUGCAAUCUGGCCAGAAUGAUCUGGAACGCCCAGAAGAUUUUUCGAAUUAACCCUCGUACCCCGACGGACCUGAACCCGUUGAGAGUGGUCGAGGGGGUUCAGGAGCUGAGCAAGAAGCUGAUUAUUGUGAACGGCGAUGACCCUCUGAGUCGACAGGCUCAGGAGAACGCCACCCUGCUCUUCAACAUCCACCUGCGCUCAACGCUCUGCUCCAAGCGCAUGACGGAGGAGUUCCGCCUCUCCACGGAAGCUUUCGAUUGGCUGUUAGGAGAGAUCGAGACCAAGUUCAACCAGUCCAUCGCCCAUCCAGGCGAAAUGGUCGGCGCGCUCGCCGCCCAGUCUUUAGGAGAGCCGGCCACACAGAUGACCCUGAACACCUUCCACUACGCCGGCGUGUCGGCCAAGAACGUGACUCUGGGUGUGCCCCGUCUGAAGGAGUUGAUCAACAUCUCCAAGAGGCCCAAGACGCCUUCGCUCACCGUCUUCCUGCUGGGUCAGGCGGCACGCGACGCCGAGAGAGCCAAGGACAUCCUGUGCCGACUGGAACACACCACGCUGCGCAAAGUGACGGCCAACACCGCCAUCUACUACGACCCGAACCCGCAGAACACGGUGGUGGCCGAGGACCAGGAGUGGGUGAACGUCUACUACGAGAUGCCCGACUUCGACGUGACUCGGAUUUCCCCGUGGCUGCUGCGCAUCGAGCUCGACAGGAAGCACAUGACUGACCGCAAGCUGACCAUGGAGCAAAUCGCCGAGAAGAUCAACGCAGGUUUUGGGGAUGACCUGAACUGUAUUUUUAAUGACGACAACGCGGAGAAGCUGGUGCUGCGAAUCCGAAUCAUGAACAGCGAUGAAAACAAGUUCCAGGAGGAUGAGGAGGUGGUGGACAAAAUGGACGACGACGUGUUUCUGCGGUGCAUCGAGUCCAACAUGCUGACGGACAUGACUCUGCAGGGCAUCGAGCAGAUCAGCAAGGUCUACAUGCACUUACCCCAGACGGACAAUAAGAAGAAGAUCAUCAUCACCGAGGACGGAGAGUUCAAGGCCCUGCAGGAGUGGAUCCUGGAGACGGACGGCGUGAGCCUCAUGAGGGUGCUGAGCGAGAAGGACGUGGAUCCCGUCAGGACCACGUCCAACGACAUCGUGGAGAUCUUUACGGUUUUGGGGAUCGAGGCCGUGCGGAAGGCGCUGGAGAGGGAGUUGUACCACGUCAUCUCCUUUGACGGUUCCUACGUCAACUACCGCCACUUGGCUCUGCUCUGCGACACCAUGACCUGCCGCGGCCACCUGAUGGCCAUCACGCGUCACGGCAUCAACCGGCAGGACACGGGACCGCUCAUGAAGUGUUCCUUUGAGGAAACGGUGGAUGUGCUGAUGGAGGCGGCGUCCCACGGCGAGUGUGACCCCAUGAAGGGCGUAUCGGAGAACAUCAUGCUGGGCCAGUUGGCCCCAGCGGGGACGGGCUGCUUCGACUUGCUGCUGGAUGCAGAGAAGUGCAAGUACGGCAUGGAGAUCCCAACAAACAUUCCUGGCAUCAGCGUAGCCGGACCCACUGGAAUGUUCUUCGGCUCCGUGCCGAGCCCCAUGAGCGGGAUGUCUCCUGCCAUGACGCCUUGGAACACAGGAGCCACUCCAGCCUACGGCGCCUGGUCCCCCAGUGUCGGAAGCGGCAUGACUCCCGGAGCUGCUGGUUUCUCCCCCAGCGCGGCGUCGGACGCCAGUGGAUUCUCUCCUGGUUACUCCCCCGCCUGGUCUCCCACUCCUGGUUCCCCAGGAUCCCCGGGGCCGCUCAGUCCGUACAUCCCAUCUCCAGGCGGAGCGAUGUCACCAAACUACUCGCCCACCUCACCCGCUUACGAGCCUCGUUCCCCAGGAGGCUACACCCCUCAGAGCCCCGGCUACUCCCCGACCUCCCCAUCCUACUCCCCGACCUCCCCCUCCUACUCCCCCACCAGCCCCAACUACAGCCCAACCUCUCCUUCUUACUCACCCACGUCUCCCAGCUACUCCCCGACGUCUCCUUCCUACUCGCCCACGUCCCCCUCCUACUCCCCUACAUCCCCCUCCUACUCCCCUACGUCCCCCUCCUACUCUCCAACGUCUCCCUCGUACUCUCCCACCUCCCCGAGCUACAGCCCAACGUCGCCGAGCUACAGCCCCACAUCCCCCAGCUACUCGCCCACAUCCCCUUCUUAUUCCCCCACCUCACCCUCUUACUCCCCCACAUCUCCGUCCUACUCCCCUACCUCCCCAUCCUACUCCCCCACCUCUCCUUCGUACUCACCCACCAGCCCAAGCUACAGCCCCACGUCCCCGAACUACACCCCUACGUCGCCCAGCUACUCCCCAACGUCUCCUUCCUACUCGCCCACGUCUCCCUCUUACUCCCCAACGUCUCCUAACUACACCCCAACCAGUCCCAACUACUCCCCUACCUCUCCAUCCUAUUCCCCCACUUCUCCAUCCUACUCCCCCUCCAGUCCGCGCUACACCCCGCAGUCGCCCACCUACACGCCCAGCUCCCCCUCAUACAGCCCCAGUUCUCCCUCAUACUCGCCCACCUCGCCCAAAUACACCCCCACUUCACCGUCGUACAGCCCGAGCUCUCCCGAGUACACCCCCACCUCGCCCAAAUACUCCCCCACUUCACCGAAGUACUCCCCAACGUCACCCAAAUACUCGCCGACCUCUCCCACCUACUCCCCGACGACUCCAAAGUACAGCCCCACGUCUCCCACCUACUCCCCCACAUCCCCCACGUACACCCCCACCAGCCCCAAGUAUUCCCCAACCUCCCCCACCUACUCCCCAACCUCCCCCAAGUACUCCCCCACAUCCCCGACAUACUCGCCAACUAGUCCCAAAGGCUCCACCUACAGCCCCACCUCCCCCGGCUACAGCCCCACCUCCCCCACCUACAGCCCGGCCAUCAGCCCCGACGACAGCGACGAGGAGAACAACUGAUGUGCCCCGGAGGAGGAGGAGGGAGGGCAGCUGAGGAGCAGACAUGAAGGACGGCACACUGGUGGCACCGCAGAGGUCUCAUCUGACAUCAUUCACCCCGUGCAAGAAGGGGGGGGGGGGGACUCUGCUUUCCAACUUGACCCCCUCCUGAAAUGUUAGAACUGAAAGACUAAAACUGAAGAGGAAAAAAAAAAGGUUGCCUUUUGAGAAAAUCUUUUCUUAACACGAGAUGUUUAAACAAACUGGGAACCCUGAGUGGAGGAAAAAAGAUGUGGACAAUGCGGGUCGGAUACAUGGAUUCCCGCUUCCCGUCUUUCUCUCGUUCUCUGACGCCGGUUGCUUCUGUCUCUCCUUGAAAAGGUCCUACUUGUUCCCAGCAGCUUUUCUGAGAAAGUAGAUUGUAUUUAUUGAACAUUAACACCCAAGAUCUUGAGGCAAUACGAGUGAAAACCGUGUCUAUCGAGGAGUCUCUAGUUCCACCUUUUGGCUGCUUUCGUCACUUCCUGUUUCCUUUAUUUUAAAGAAUAAAAGUUCUUGGAGAAAGAAAGUGGUUUGCAGGAAGAAGGCCUGAGUUGGAGUAGACUUCAUAGAUGAGCCGCCUCUCCCUUCAGUGAGCUGAAAGACGACGACACCCACCAGCAUCGUCUGCUGGUCCAAUAGCAGUUUUCAGACUUAUUCAUAAAAAGAUAAUAAAAAAAGAAAAAUCUUUUUCAUGUUUAAAAACAUAAGAAGUAGUUUGAAUUAUCAUUCUCUUUUUGAAAAAAAUGUUUUUUUUGUUUUUUUGAGCAAGCCGCUUUCGUUUGAUCAUUUUUGUCCCAUUUCUAAGAGAAACAUUUCAUCCUCCUGUUGGCCUUUUAUUCACAACAUAGAGGCUGGAUUUUUUUUUGUGUUUUUUUGGGCCUCAAACUUUACCCACUACAUUAGUGUGAACAUGAUUUUCCAAGCAGCAUUUUUUUUUAAUCCAAACAGUGGGACUGUCAGGUAGCCGUCUGUGCACCUGGAAGAGAAAGCAUCUUUCUUUCUUUUUUCCCCAUCACAACAUUCAACACGGUUGGAGUUUGCUGAACUUUCUGAUCCCCUCCCUUUACUUCCACAAGUGAUCCUCAUUUCUUUAAAAAAAAAUAUAAAAAAAUCAGUGUUUUCCUUGUAUUUUUCUACUCGUCUGUACCUGUGAUGAGGGGAACCGUUGUGUGUUGUGAGACUGGGAGUCCUGCAGAAGUGAAACACAUCCUGACGUUCUUUAGUUCUGAAAAGCCUUGAACUUCUUCAGAUUUAUUUGUUUCUACCUGCUCAGACUGGAGUUGAACGAGCUCCUCUCUUUCUGUGCUGGCGCUGUCUUCACCUCAGCUCAGGCCAUCCGGACUCCCAGAAGAUGCUUGUUUGUUUUUUUUGUUUUUUUUUUUUGGUCUGAUGGCGAUUCAGGGUUUCAAGCUGAGGAAGAAGUUGAUGUUAAGCAAAAUAAUUAACUUAAAAGUUGCCACUGUAUAGCAAUGGAAUCAUUAUCUCAUUCUCUUUAUCUGUUUGUUUUUGAAAACAAAAUAAAAAUUUUAAUACACC